AUGCCGAACCAGCAGAAGAAAAUCAUCUUUUGUAUGGCCGGUGUGCUGAGCUUCCUCUGUGCUCUCGGAGUCGUCACAGCAGUGGGGACCCCGCUGUGGAUUAAAGCCACUAUCCUCUGCAAAACGGGGGCUCUGCUUGUCAACGCCUCAGGGGAGGAGCUGACCAAGUUCAUGGGCGAGAUGCAAUAUGGGCUUUUCCACGGAGAAGGCAUAAGGCAAUGUGGGUUAGGAGCAAGGCCUUUCCGGUUCUCAUUCUUCCCAGAUUUGCUUCAAGCCAUCCCCGUGAGCAUCCACGUCAAUAUCAUUCUAUUCUCCAUGAUUCUGGUCGUCUUAACUAUGGUGGGGACAGCCUUCUUCAUGUACAAUGCUUUCGGCAAGCCCUUUGAAACGCUGCAUGGCCCACUAGGGCUAUAUCUCGUGAGUUUCAUUUCAGGCUCCUGUGGCUGUCUUGUCAUGAUAUUGUUUGCCUCUGAAGUGAAAAUCCACCGCCUGUCGGAAAACAUCGCAAACUUUAAAGAAGGGACCUAUGCCUACAAGACGCAAAAUGAAAACUACACCACGUCCUUCUGGGUGGUCUUCAUUUGCUUUUUUGUUCACUUUUUGAAUGGGCUCCUGAUACGGCUUGCUGGAUUUCAGUUCCCGUUUGCAAAAUCUAAAGACACGGAGACUACUAAUGUGGCUGCAGACUUAAUGUACUGA